AACAUUAAUUUCGGGUCCUGGGUGUGAUGACUCCUCAGUCCGGCUUUUGAAGACCCAGGAAUGGUGGAAUUUGGAGAAAUCUUGAAAGAGGCGGGAGAAUUUGGGAGGUUUCAGAUAUGGCUGGUGUUCCUGAUCUGCAUCCCGAACUUCCUCACCCCCUUCCACAUCUUUGGGCAGCAGUUUAUAACCAUAGAGCAGCCCCAUUACUGCAAGACCAGCUGGCUCCAGGACCUGAACCUGACCCAGGAGCAGCAGGUGAACUUGACCAUCCCGAGGAAGCCGGACGGGUCGCUGGAGGAAUGCAAAAUGUACACGCCGGUUGAGGGAGACCUCGAGCCGAUCCUCACACAGGGACUCAAUGCCACGGAAAAAUGCCAGUCUGGCUGGGUGUAUCCAGAGGCACAAAAGCCAACUUUGCUCACCGACUUUAAUUUGGUUUGUGACCAGAAAGACCUCAAUGACAUCUCUCAGUCCAUUUUCAUGGCUGGCCUUUUGGUCGGAGCCGUUGUCUUUGGCCCUCUGAGCGACAGGAUAGGUAGUCGAUGGUCCAUUUUGCUCCAGCUCCUGCUCAUGGGUUCCUUUGGUGUCGGGGCCGGAUUUGCCCCAAAUUUCAUCGUCUACAUUGUCUUGAGAUUCGUGGUGGGAGCCGCUUUUGCUGGGAUCAGUAUCAGCAUGGCAGCGUUAAGUUCGGAGUGGGUCGGCGCUCCCUUCCGCCCUCGGGCGCUGGUCAUCACCCACUGCAGCAACGCCGUGGGUCAGAUGGCCCUGGCAGGCUUGGCGUACUACGUUCGUGACUGGAAGCUGUAUCAGAUUGUGGGCUCUGUCCCUGCCUUUGCGCUCUUUUUCUACAUAUGGGUCCUGCCUAAUUCUGCCCGAUGGCUUGUGACCAAAGGGAAGAUCGAGGAAGCCAAAAAGCUGCUCCAAAAAGCCGCCUCCAUCAACCGACGGACCAUUCCAGAAGAAAUGCUCAAUCAGCUGGCUCCAGAGCAGAAGGCAAAAUCUGGGAAUGUCCUGGAUCUUUUCAAGAUGGCGCACCUACGGCGUAUGACUUUAAUCAUGGUCUGGGUCUGGUUUGCGGACAGCCUUGUGUACUAUGGAGUGAGUCUCCACGUUGGGGAUUUUGGCGUGGACAUCUACAUGACCCAGCUCAUCUUCGGAGCGGUUGAAAUACCAUCUCGCUUGUCCUGUAUUUUCCUCCUUCAGUGGUUGGGCAGGAAGAAAUGCCAGGCUGCAUGGCUGCUCCUGGGCGGAAUCAUGUGCUUGUUGAUUCCAGUGGUUCCAACAGAUUUCCCUGCAAUUGUGACAACGUUGGCAGUUAUUGGCAAAUCUGCUCUGGCCGCUUCCUUUUCAACCAGUUACGUCUUCUCUUCGGAGGUCUUCCCUACAGUCGUCAGGCAAACAGGAUUGGGGUUGUGUUCCAUGGCUGCUCGAGUGGCCGGCAUCAUCUCACCACUGAUCGGCCUCCUGGACAAGAUUCACCCGGCCAUUCCCAUGUCGCUCUUGGGAGCCACAGCACUCCUUGCAGGAGGCCUUUGUUUCCUGCUGCCAGAGACACGGAACAAAGAUCUCCAAGAUGACACCACCGCCAAAUCCACCUUUGACAUGGGGCCCGAGAAGGUCGCCAAUGGUAGCUCUGAAAAAGGACAGACAGAACAGAAGGGAGAUGGACAAUGCGCAGAAUCCAGGAGCACAUACUUCUAGUGGCAAAUAACAAAUCCCUGUGUGAUUCAAAAGAAUGGGACAUAGAGUUUUCUAGAAAGGCAAAUGUUCUUGAUUUUUACACUCUAGACUUCCCAACCUCAUGUUUUCUGAUUCUUCCAGAAAGUAUGGAGUUCAUCACAUCCAGGUGAUCCAGAAGGGCCCUGCUUUCCCACUACAGUACACUCAUUAGGAAAUGUUGCUGUUCCAUUGUACAGAUUCCCUCUGAAGAGAGUUAAAGAAACAGUCCUCUUUUUUGGGACAGUUGAUGUACUUCCCUGCAAUUCAGUGCUGACCAAUAAACUCUACAGCAGGGAUGUCCUUCCAGAUGCUGCUGGACUUCACUUCCAAUUUCCAUUCCCCAUUGGCUAUGCUAGCAAGAACAGUAUAGGAAUUGCCACCUAAUAAUAACUGGAGGGCCACAAGUUGCUCACACUUAAAGUAUUAUUUCUUGGCAAUAUGCCUACCCUUUCUACACUGGUGUUUAUCUACCAUCGAUGGUAGAUUGUAUUAUUGGUACCAAAGAGUAUCCCAGCCUAUUCCUGGUCUCUGUCACUUUCUCCUAUACCCAACGAUAGAGUCAUUCUAUCUAAUUUUUGCUCACACCUACCAUCCCAUUAAAAACACACACACAAACCUCACUUUUAUAGUAUAUGCACUGUUCUAUAUUGUUCUCCUUUCAAAAAUAUGUUCCUCUUUAGUUGUAUUUUUGGACCUAAAAACUGCAUUGCAAAGUCUGGAGACACACUCCAAAGGAGAAGUCCAUUUCAAGCCAUUUAUUAGACUGGGAAGUAUGGAUUAGAGAUAAGUUUGCUUAGGAAACAGAUGCAAUCCUCCUGUAUUCCUACUGAAAGCAAAACUUUGCUUUCACUAGGAUCUAAGUAUUGCAAGUGCUGAUGUCAAGAGAAAAAAAAAGGAUUCUGUUUUCUCACUAAUGAACUUAGAAGAUUUCUUUUGGACAGAUUUUCAGAUUUCUUCUGAAAACAUUUUAUUUGCACAAAAUAAUAAUACUAUAUUGUCUUAAAACAUGAUUUUUUUGCACAAAAUAUCAUUGUUGCUGCUACUAAAGUAAGUGAACAGAUAAAUAAAAUAGCCAGAAUAUUAUCUUGGAGCCUUCCAUCUUUAUAAGGGGACUUAAGUCUACCAUAAUUACAAUGGUGCAGUUGUAUAAUGUAUGUCUCCAGUAGAGAGCUGCGCUUAUGUUAUUCAAAGGAAGCAAUGAAGGAUUUUAGGGAUUUCCUUCCCAUUGGAAAAAAGUCUUUGGAAACAGAUUCUUUUUUUUUUUUUUUUGCAAACUAUUCACAGUUGGUGACAUAUUAUACACAAAACUGAUAUGUUAUAUUUCUGAGCAGAAAUCGAUAUAUUUAGUGUGGCUUACAGUAUCUUUUGUCCAGAAAUAUUAUUUUCUGCACAGGAAGCAAAGUUUUCUGCGCAAAACAACCAUAGCCGAAUUUUGUAGAAAGUAAGUCCAAAAAUCUGAAGAUUGCGGUUGUUCUACGAUUCUUGUCAACACUUGAGAAACACAUUUCCAAACAUUUCCUUGAUAAUAAUAAUAAUAAAACUUUAUUUAUACCCCG